AUGUCCACCCCCGAGUUUGUUGAUACAGGAAUUAAGAUCUACAACUCUCUUGGAGCAAACAUUGUUCCCCUUAAAAGAGAAAAAGGCCUUCCACUCCGCUGCUACACAUGCGGCCCAACAGUUUACUCAACAUCUCAUCUUGGCCAUGCAAGAACAUAUCUUUCUUUUGAUAUGAUCAGACGUAUUCUUACUGACUACUUCAAUAUCCCAGUCCAGUGGUCAAUGAACGUUACAGAUAUUGAUGAUAAAAUCAUUAACACUUUCAAUGGCAUGUCUGAUGACAAGAAGGCCAAGUACGGAACAGCCCUUGGCUACUCCGCAGACCGCGAGAAAGCUUUCUUCGCAGAACUCGACACAUUGAACAUUCGUCGUCCAGACGCUCUUCUUCGUGUUUCUGAAGUUAUCCCAGAAAUCAUCGAGUUCAUCUCCAACCUUGAGGAGAAGAGCUUCGCUUACGAGUCCGAAGGCUCAGUCUACUUCGAUGUCGAGAAGUUCGAGCACGAUGGCCGCUUCGUUUAUGCAGAGCUCGAGCGCCAGUCAUACCUCGGCACAGCCAAGAGUGAAAACCCAGAAGAUAUGCAGGAGAAGAAGCGCAAUCGUAACGAUUUCGCUCUCUGGAAGAAGGCCAAGCCAGAAGAAGAGGCUGCUGGUCAAUACUGGGAAACCAAGUGGGGACGCGGUCGUCCAGGCUGGCACAUCGAGUGCUCUACAAUGUCUGGCCUCUUCUACGGCCCACAGUUCGAUCUCCACGCCGGUGGUAUCGAUCUCCGCUUCCCACACCACUCCAACGAAAUCGCCCAGUCCCAGGCCAGAUGGGAAAAGGUUCCAUGGGUCCGCAAUUGGAUGCAUACAGGCACACUCAGAGCUGCUAACGGUGAGAAGAUGUCAAAGUCAUUAGGCAACUUCUUCUCAGUUCAGGAUGGUCUUCAGCACUGGAGCCCAGCUGUUCUCAGAAUGAUCUUCUGCCAAUCUCACUACAGAAACCCAAUGGACCUCAGUGAAGACAACAUUUCACAGGCCCAGGUCAAGCUCUCCAAGAUCACAAACUUCCUUUCCUCAAUUGAGCCACUUACACUCAAGUCAAUCUCCGAGUUAAAGCGUGGCUUCAAGCCAGAGGAUAAGGCCUUCUCAUACUUCAUUGCUAAGACAGCAGAAGACAUCGAGCGCUACUUCGCCGACGAUUUCGAUAUUCCAAAGGCCGUCAACGCUCUUGUUGCUCUUAUCGAUGAAUACAACAAGAACAAGGAUGUCGUUAUUGACUCCCUUGUUGUCGAAGCUGCUAAGCUUGUCCGCAGAAUCAUGGUCGUCCUUGGUUUCUCACCAGAGACAGUUCUUCUUUCACAAUCCAACACAAACUUGAACGAAUCCGGAUUCCCACAGGCCAUGGCCGCUUACAGACAAAACGUCAGAACAAACAACAUCAACAUGCUCAAGCAAGUCCGUGAACUCGCAAAGAGCUUAAACAUCGACAUGAAGAAGCAACCAGCAGAAGCUAACCCAGUCUACGAUCUCCUCAAGCAACUUGAGACAGGUGUUAAGGAGAAUAUGACACAACUCGAUACAUUACGUGAUGAAUCUCUUCCAUCCAUCGGUAUCAAGCUCGAAGAUAACGCUAAUGGUGUUGACUUCAAGCUCGUCGAUCCAAAGCAGCUCGCUGAGGAAAUCAAGACAAAGAAGACAACAGAAAACUUCAAGGCUCAGAGAAAGGAGCAGGAGAAGCAGAAGCAAGCUGAAAAGGCUCAGAACGAAAAGAAGCAGAAGCCAAAGAAGGACGAGAAUGGCGUUCCUUACCACCCAAGAGAAUGGUUCACAUCACAGAAUGAUAUCUACUCCGCAUUUGACGAAAAUGGCCUUCCAACAGCUAAGUUCCUUGAAGAUGGUACAUCUAAGGAAUUGUCAAAGAGUGAAGCUAGCAAACUUAAGAAGAUGUAUAACACAAUGCUCCAGGAUUACAACAAGUACCAGGAACAGCAUAAGCAAUAA